AUGCCGCUGCUCUGGACCAACAUCCGGAUACCACGCAUUAAAUUCACAGACGCAGUUAAGAGCCUCUUCCGCAACCUGAAUUGGAUUCAACACCGUGUGUUGAUAAAUCUGAAGAUUACGGGCAAGCCACACCUUAUAUGUCAGUGUGCACAGCAGUUGAACACUGAAUUUGUCGCCACAAGUAAGCACACUAAACAGCCAAUCGUUAAAGUCCACAGAAUGAGGAAGCCUGAAGCUAAGAAUAGAGGAGAAGAAGGCAUGUUUUGCGAACUUACAGUCGAGGAAGAGGUGUUGAACCAAUUCAGAGGAAGACUGGCAGAAGUUACACCCAACAUCCAGCCUUAUCCCCUUUUUGAUGAGAUUCUCCUUUGUUGGCAGAACAUUCUUGGAAGCUCUCCAUAG